AGCUGUUUUCAGUGGUGGCAGGCGUUUACAUCUAUCUGUUAGUCUCCACACUGCGACUUUGUUCCUUGUGUUCUUUAUUACCUGAUCAGUUGGUUUGGGUGGCAUGUAGGCCCGAUAAAAAGUUCCAUUAAAAUUUUGUAGAAAUAGGGUGAAAAGCUUACACAACAAGUGCGUGCAAGUGUUUGUUGUAGGACAAAGCAAAGUAAAAAAAUACAAAAGGAACACUUCUGUGGUGUCUUAACGGAAAAGCGGUCAAAAAAACAAACUGCAUUAAAUGUCUUCAUCCGAAGUCAACAUAUCGCGCUUGCUGAUCCUAGCGCAAAAAUGUAACAACUUCUACCUAAAAGGUUUUCAUAAAUGUGACACUCGGCCAUUUGUAGUUGAGGGUCAACAAGUUGGUCUCAUCAAGUCAGAUGUUCUAAAGCAUCUCAUAAAGUAUCCUGAAGUAUUUUGCACCCGGGACUGCGAGCAAACCAAACAGGGGUUUGUUGAGCUGAAUCCUGCAUUCCGUGAUUACAAUGAGCGCACUGAGCAACUCGAAAAGGUAUUGCGUAACCUACGUUCCGAGGGAUUACUUCCUGCUUUAAAGGGAUGGAGGGAUGAGUACUUUGAAGUAAAGUCGGAACACAGGGCUCUACUGAAAAUGGAACGAGCAGCAACACCGCUUUUUGGAGUGCGCAAGUAUGGCGUCGAUAUCAACGGUUACGUGAGACAUCCGACGCUUGGAUUAUGUAUUUGGCUGCAGCAGCGAUCCAAUACAAAAGAGACAUGGCCUGGAAAGUGGGACAAUAUGGUAGGCGGUGGACUUUCUGUAGGCCUUGGCAUUAAGGAGACAGCCAUUAAGGAGGCAGCUGAGGAGGCAUCAAUUCCUUUUCAUCUUGUCAAGAGCUUGGUGUCCGCAGGAUGUGUCUCAUUUUACUUUGAAAGCCGGCAAGGGCUUUUUCCCAAUACCGAAUAUGUUUUCGACUUAGAGCUACCGGUUGACUUUGUUCCGCAAAAUGCUGACGGAGAGGUACAGGCUUUCGAGCUGCUUCCAGCCAAGGAGUGCAUGGACCGAGUAUUUACUUCAGAUUUUAAAACAACUUCAGCGCCUGUGGUUAUUGAUUUUCUUAUCCGACACGGACAUAUAACUGCUGAUGAUGUGGUAGACUUUACGCAAAUCGUUGAGCUCUUGCACGUUCCCUUACAGUCCUUUUAUACGUACAAGGCACACUUGGGGCAGUCUCAAAGGCAACAUCAGAAUUUGCAGGGCGAAACCAAAAAUUACCGCUGUUCAAGCUUACAAAAAUCGAUGGAGAAUGGGCACAAAAGGGCAACUUAAUCAUAAAUUUAUAGUUUUCAGGAAAUCAGGAAUGUGUCAAACCAGAAUCAAAAGACUGUUAUUGAAGUGAAAUUUCCAAACCCAAGACAGCAGCUAAUGACGGAUAAAACAUAUAUAUGUAUGUUAUAUUUAUUACCCAAACUAAACCAAACGAAAUGACGAGAUAGACAGAAAAACGAGCAACUAAACCUAAACUAAUAACUGACAUUUUUAUUGACGAAAAUUUAAAAGUUUAAAGCUAGGACUGCAAAAGUUAAAAAUUAAGCAGAUAAGUAAAUAAAGCUUAAUAAACCGGAUUAUGUUGUAGAUCAGCGGUCGGCACGGAAUACAAUGACAUUUUGUUUUUUAUUUAUGUGAGAAAUUUGCACGGGGCAGAUAACCGAUGUGUAUGUAACGACGGCUGUCCUACGGGGUACGUGUGCUGACAGAGACUGAGCGAAGCUAUUUUCUAUGCCCGCUUAAUGGGACGCUGCCGACCGCUGUGGUAAAAUUUGAAGGUAUCAAUUAUUUCCUAAGAUAAUUACGUUGCAAGUGAUUGCCGUAAGCUUUAAGUUUAUGUAAGUAUAUCGUUAAAUGUCGUUUUAUUGAUAAAAAACCGAAUUUCAGCGUUUUAUGUUAAAUAUGUAUUUAUAUAUAUUUGUCGAAAGUUUGCAUUUGUUCUUGCAAUGUUUUUUCCAUAAUAUACCAAUUACAUUUACGUCUACAACUUUUAAAAUGCUUUGAAGAACACGGACAACUUAAAAAAUGUAUUGAAUAUAGUCAAAUAGCAAAAUUAUUUGAUAUUAAAAUAACAUUCACUACUAUGUGCUUACCACAGUGCUCAAAUUUAAGUUAAAUCGACAUUAUGUUAGAUAGUUUUCUUUUCAAAUUUUAAUUUAUUUUGUCUCUUAAUAAAAAAGGAUUCAUUAUUUGUUUACAACUUA